AUGACAGCACCGACUACUCCGCCCGCCAAAGCUCACGAGCUCGAUGAUGACAACAAGGCUGAGGCCCAGCACCUCGACAUGGCCGUCAAGUACGCUGGUGGCGCCGAUGCCGAGGCUUCUGGUGCGCUCGCCAUGGAGCGCCUUAAACACGAGAUGGGCCUCUGGCAGUCCCUCCGCAACUACAAGGGCGCAGUCUUCUGGUCUCUUAGCGUGUCCAUGUGCAUUGUAAGUGUGUUUAACGGUGUCUAUGCUUAUUCUUUGAUUAUGGAAGGCUACGACCUCGCCCUGGUCAGCAACCUUAUCGCACUGAAAGCCUUCCGUUAA